CGGUUACCGAUAUAUCCUGCGGGGGCACGCGAGGAUGAUGUUGGCUGCGGGCGGUGCCAUUGCUGCUGCCGUUGCCCGGCCGCCGCCGCCUCCUCUGGUGAGAUGUGGGGCUCGGAAGGAGGCGGAGAGUGCGGAGUUCAAGAUGGAGGCCGAGGGGGACAUGCGCCGAGGGAUGCUGGGGUUCGGGCUCGGGGGAGCGGCGGGCAAGAAGAAGAAGAAGAGGAAGAAGGAGAAGGUCGAGGUGGUGUGGCAGUGCGCUCGGGGCUGCGGCGCCUGCUGCAAGCUGGACAAGGGCCCCGCCUUCCCCGCCCCGGAGGAAAUCUUCGCCGACGACCCAUCCCACCUCCAGCUUUACAAAAGCCUGAUAGGCCCUGACGGCUGGUGCGUCCACUACCAUCAUCCGACCCGGACCUGUUCCAUCUACCCAGACCGGCCCUUCUUCUGCCGGGUUGAGCCUGCUGUCUUCCGGAAGCUCUACGGCAUCGACGAGAGGAGAUUCAAUAGAGAGGCUUGCAGCUCCUGCAGGGAUACCAUCAAAGCAGUUUAUGGCUCCGGUUCGGAGGAGCUCAAGAACUUUGACCGUCUCACUAGAAAUCCCAAAUAAAUGCUUGCUGUUAUACUCAGUGGUGAUAUGUAACAGGAGAGAAAUACCAGCACAGAUUAAACGAUGGACUUGAUUCCAUUAGCAAAGUUUCUGCAAAAGCACAGGAACCUUUUAUUACCAGAUCGAACUUAAAUCUGCUUGGCUGCUGAACAUGUUGCUUUCAUUAUUAUUGUCAUUAUUAUCAUUAUUAUUGUCACAUUAAGGAAUUGCUUUUAAAUCGCAAGUAUGAUGCUUCCAUCUACUACUCUGCACUCUGCAGUUUGGACAUUGUAAUGUUUUUUAUGUAAAAAUAUUCUAAUACUUACAAAUGUUUAAGAAUCUGA